AUGUUUUCCCCAACUUCUUCUAUACCUGUAGUUGGCACUUCGCAUGAUGGCCGUCUGCAUAAGUUGGGCGAUCGGAUGUCGGUCAAACAUGGAGGUCCACCAUCCGAACCAGGAGGCAAUAAAGAACCUGAAGGUCGUGUGUCGCUGCUGCAUUGCCUUAUUGCGGGUGGUAUAGGUGGUGCGAUUGGUGAUUCAGCUAUGCAUUCACUGGACACUGUUAAAACUAGGCAACAAGGUGCACCGGGUAUUCAAAAAUACAAUAAAAUGAUUUCAGCUUAUAGAGUGAUACUAGCAGAGGAAGGAAUCUGGAGGGGGUUAUACAGUGGUUAUGGUGCAGCAAUGUUGGGUUCGUUUCCUAGCGCAGCCAUGUUUUUUGGUACAUACGAAUUUGUGAAGAGAACCAUGAUAGAAAAUUGGGGAAUAAACGAUACGUUCUCAUAUCUAAUGGCCGGUUUUGUUGGAGACCUUGCUUCCAGUUUGUUUUAUGUCCCCAGUGAAGUUUUAAAGACACGGCUUCAGCUGCAAGGGAGGUACUGCAAUCCUUAUUUCAACUCGGGUUACAACUACUUACAUCUGACAGACGCAAUUAAGACGAUAGUGCGUACAGAGGGAUACCAAGCUCUAUUUUUCGGCUAUAAAGCGACGCUAAUUCGUGACCUACCGUUCAGCAGUCUGCAGUUAGCGUUCUACGAACGUUUCAGGAAAUGGGCCUUUUCUCUCGAGGGCAAACCGUUGGAAGACAGAAUCUCUUUCACCAGCGAGCUUCUAUGUGGCGGUCUUGCUGGAGGUCUAGCAGGUAUGCUUACAACUCCCCUCGAUGUCAUUAAAACUCGAAUUCAAACCCAGACUUCUAGCGAUAUGCCUGUCGGUGUCAGUGGAUCUGCCAACUCCGCAAAGCCAUCUAGGAUAUCUAACUCAAUAUUCAACGGUCUUUAUACAGUAUACAAAAGUGAAGGUUUUAUUGGCUUUACCAGAGGUGUUGGUCCAAGGUUCAUAUGGACCAGUGUCCAAAGUAGUAUAAUGCUGCUACUGUACCAAACAACACUACAACUAAUGGAAGAUUAUAAUGCAUCAUCCAAGUUAUCCAACUAA